AUGAUCAGCUCCGGCUUCACCAAUGCGCCGAUUUCGAAAUAUGUCAUGGUCUUCAUAAUUGCUUCGUCGAUUACUGCCAGCAUAGCGGACGUCAAAUACUUGCUAUAUAUACAAGUCGUGCCACAUCUAUGGCAAUAUUGGCAGGUAUGGAGGCUCGGAGUUUGGCAGCUAGCCUACACGAAUUCGGGUGAAGCACUCUUUGCAGCACUGCUCGUUUAUCAGCUCAGAGUAAUCGAACGGCUAUGGGGAUCUAGGAAAUUUGGCAGCUUCCUAAUAACAACCUUACCCUACACAACCCUCCUACCACCCCUCCUGCUCUCCCUCCUCCUCCGCCCCCUCUCCCUAAACACCCUAAACUACCUCCCCGCAGGCCCCACAGCCAUCCUCUUCGCCCUCCUCGUCCAAUUCUACUCCGCAAUCCCCCACGCAUACAAAUACCGCAUCGCCACCACCACCUCCUCCUCCUCCCCACCCAUCUCCCAAUCUCCCUCCACCUCCACCUCAUCACCAACCCCCCCAUCCCUAAAAGUCAGCGAUAAAUCCACCACCUACCUCCUCGCCGCCCAACUCGCCCUCGCCCAAUUCCCCCACUCCCUCAUCCCCGCCGCCAUAGGCUGGGCGGUCGGCUACGCCUGGCGCUCGGAGGUAUUACCCGGCCGCGCGACCGCGUGGAGGGUCCCGGGGUGGGUUUAUGGGGAUAUGGCUGCUGAUGCUGCUGCGGGUGCGCGGGGACAUGGUCGCGGGGUUGAGGGGGGAGCAGCGGGGAGUGAUGCUGGUGCUGGUGCUGGUGCUGGUGGUGAUGGCAUGCAUGGCGUCAGCUCUGGGGAGGGUGGGUGGGUGGAGGUCGUGGGCUGGCUUGCGGAGGGUGACGGGCGGUACGGGCGGGGAUGGGGAGAGGUUUGAGGGCUUGCGGAGGCGGUUGGAGGGGGAGUCGAGGGCUGCAGCUGCGGCUGCGGCUGCGGCUGCGGCGGGAGGGGUGAGGGGUGGUGUUGGUGAUAGGGGCGGGGUAAAUGCGGUUGGUGAUGGUGGUGGCGGUGAGGGUGGGGAGGCGGGCCAGGGUCAGGGGCAGCAGAGGAGGCCGUUGGCAGGGCAGAUAUUGGAUCAGUUUACGGGGAGUUUUUAAAGGGGGGGUUCGCUGUAUACGGUGGAGCAUCGUUGUGUCUCUAAUUGUUGGAUUUGGAUACUUUGAUUUUGCAUGUCUUGGGCCUGUGAGACCUUGUGACGUGUAGUGAGUGGUAUAGGGAUAGAUUGGGGACUGUGCCCAUUUUCGCCUUUCUUAUAUUAUCUGCUUCUAUCUUCUCUGAAUUUUAGCAUUCAUGCAUAUAUGUGUAUUUGUUUACGAUUUUGCAUCAAUCCAAUUUAGUAUUGCAAUUAGAUAGGGAGUUAUCACAUGGCCGUCUUUUGUUUUUAAAUCGACGUGUGGAGUAGUUAGGUCAAAUUGUAUAUGACAAUCAUUGUACACA